AUGGAUGUGCCUUCUUCCUCGCAUGUGACACAUGAUAAUGGAGUAAUGGCAGCUCCGAUAAGUUAUCCGCAGCAACCGUUCGAAGCCAAUGUGCCACAACAACGAGUGCUACGCCAUCAAGUAAGAUCUUUUUUCGUUUUUGUGAUCUUUAGAAAGCCGGCGAAAGGAGGACGUAGAGAAUUUCUAGUUCAAUUUAUUGUUUUACGAUAUCCAUAAUAUUAACUUUGCAAUUGUUUUAAUAUAAUUUUAUCGUAAUUUAAGGUGCAAGGACCGUAUAAUUCUUCUGACAUGUACAAUUCUAACGGACGGAUGGUGCAAAAUAGUCUGUCUCAGAGGUUGAUGCAGAGGAAACACACUAAAAAGCUGCCAAAGAAUGGGAAGUGUUACAAACAGUCGAGGAACGGGUCUUCAGCUAAAGUCUUGGAGUUAAGGAAGGCACUAGAUUUGUCAAAGUAUAUAAAACAAGUAGAAACAUUGAUAAUGCAGCCUAUAAAGUAAGUUCGUUGAAUAUUUUGUAACUAUAUAUAUUCUUCAUAUAUUUUAUGAUUUUAUAAUAUCGUAUGUUUGUUAUUUGCAAGGUACUUUUUGAAUUCAUUUUAUUAUAGUGGUUUGUUUUAGAAUUCCUAGUACUGUAAGUUUUGGAAUGAAUAAGCGAAGGAAAUUGCCAUCAAAGCCAAAACAAGAUUUGUUGUCAGUAAAAGUAAGCUUUGUCUUUUAGAUUGUUUUACAUAUUUUUUGUAAUUAACGAUUUUUUUUAUAAGUUCUUGCAGUAUUUAUAACAAAUUUCAUUUAUGACAACAAAAAUGUAUUUUCAGGACGUUUGGCGGGACCCAGAACAACGUCGGUCGGAGAUGCGUGAGUUUUUCAACACAAAAUCAUUGGAUUCGGAUCGAGAAUAUCUGCUGAACGUUCUGUUGGACGAAUCUGACGACGAAUCAGAUUCCGAACAGAUAACGGACGAAGACUUUGCUUUUAUGUUGGAACACAGGCGGGAAGCGAAGAAACUGAUGAAAGCGUACCAUCAGGACUUUCUGAAUGCUCAAUAUCAAUAUUACAGUAGUGGGAUGUUGAGUGAAGUGGAUAAACAUGGGGAAGUCAAGAAGAAGAUCACUGAUCUUUAUGAAGACAUGAUCUACGAUUGA